GGGAGCCAGGAGACGGAGUGAGGGAGCUGGGAGCCAGGAGCGGGGCCACGAGCCGGAGUGAGGGAGCUGGGAGCCAGGAGCGGGGCCACGAGCCGGAGUGAGGGAGCUGGGAGCCAGGAGCGGGGCCACGAGCCGUAGUGAGGGAGCUGGGAGCCAGGAGCGGGGCCACGAGCCGGAGUGAGGGAGCUGGGAGCCAGGCAGUGAAGGUAAUAGGUAAUACUGGGCCCUACAUAUUGUCUACCAUGAUUAUACAUUAUAUAUUAGCAGCUAUUCAGAAUAUACAUACACAAUGUAUCUAUAUACUGGGUACAAUGUAUCUAUCUAUAUACUGGGUAUAAUGUAUCUAUCUAUAUACUGGGUACAAUGUAUCUAUCUAUAUACUGGGUAUAAUGUAUCUAUCUAUAUACUGGGUACAAUGUAUCUAUCUAUAUACUGGGUACAAUGUAUCUAUCUAUAUACUGGGUAUAAUGUAUCUAUCUAUAUACUGGGUACAAUGUAUCUAUCAUAUACUGGGUAUAAUGUAUCUAUCUAUAUACUGGGUACAAUGUAUCUAUCUAUAUACUGGGUAUAAUGUAUCUAUCUAUAUACUGUGGUACAAUGUAUCUAUCUAUACUGGGUAUAAUGUAUCUAUCUAUAUACUGGGUACAAUGUAUCUAUCUAUAUACUGGGUAUAAUGUAUCUAUCUAUAUACUGGGUACAAUGUAUCUAUCUAUAUACUGGGUAUAAUGUAUCUAUCUAUAUACUGGGUACAAUGUAUCUAUCUAUAUACUGGGUAUAAUGUAUCUAUCUAUAUACUGGGUACAAUGUAUCUAUCUAUAUACUGGGUAUAAUGUAUCUAUCUAUAUACUGGGUACAAUGUAUCUAUCUAUAUACUGGGUACAAUGUAUCUAUCUAUAUACUGGGUAUAAUGUAUCUAUCUACUGGGUACAAUGUAUCUAUCUAUAUACUGGGUACAAUGUAUCUAUCUAUAUACUGGGUAUAAUGUAUCUAUCUAUAUACUGGGUACAAUGUAUCUAUCUAUAUACUGGGCACAAUGUAUCUAUCUAUAUACUGGGUAUAAUGUAUCUAUCUAUAUACAGGGUAUAAUGUAUCUAUCUAUCUAUAUACAGGGUACAGUGUAUCUAUCUAUAUACUGGGUACAAUGUAUCUAUCUAUAUACUGGGUACAAUGUAUCUAUCUAUAUACAGGGUACAGUGUAUCUAUCUAUAUACUGGGUACAGUGUAUCUAUCUAUAUACAGGGUACAGUGUAUCUAUCUAUAUACUGGGUAUAAUGUAUCUAUCUAUAUACAGGGUUAAAUGUAUCUAUCUAUAUACUGGGUACAAUGUAUCUAUCUAUAUACUGGGCACAAUGUAUCUAUCUAUAUACUGGGUAUAAUGUAUCUAUCUAUAUACUGGGUAUAAUGUAUCUAUCUAUAUACUGGGUACAAUGUAUCUAUCUAUAUACUGGGUAUAAUGUAUCUAUCUAUAUACUGGGUACAAUGUAUCUAUCUACAUACUGGGUAUAAUGUAUCUAUCUAUAUACUGGGUACAGUGUAUCUAUCUAUAUACUGGGUAUAAUGUAUCUAUCUAUAUACUGGGUACAAUGUAUCUAUCUAUAUACUGGGUAUAAUGUAUCUAUCUAUAUACUGGGUACAAUGUAUCUAUCUAUAUACUGGGUACAAUGUAUCUAUCUAUAUACUGGGUACAAUGUAUCUAUCUAUAUACUGGGUAUAAUGUAUCUAUCUAUAUACUGGGUACAAUGUAUCUAUCUAUAUACUGGGUACAAUGUAUCUAUCUAUAUACUGGGUAUAAUGUAUCUAUCUACUGGGUACAAUGUAUCUAUCUAUAUACUGGGUACAAUGUAUCUAUCUAUAUACUGGGUAUAAUGUAUCUAUCUAUAUACUGGGUACAAUGUAUCUAUCUAUAUACUGGGCACAAUGUAUCUAUCUAUAUACUGGGUAUAAUGUAUCUAUCUAUAUACAGGGUAUAAUGUAUCUAUCUAUCUAUAUACAGGGUACAGUGUAUCUAUCUAUAUACUGGGUACAAUGUAUCUAUCUAUAUACUGGGUACAAUGUAUCUAUCUAUAUACAGGGUACAGUGUAUCUAUCUAUAUACUGGGUACAGUGUAUCUAUCUAUAUACAGGGUACAGUGUAUCUAUCUAUAUACUGGGUAUAAUGUAUCUAUCUAUAUACAGGGUUAAAUGUAUCUAUCUAUAUACUGGGUACAAUGUAUCUAUCUAUAUACUGGGUACAAUGUAUCUAUCUAUAUACUGGGUAUAAUGUAUCUAUCUAUAUACUGGGUAUAAUGUAUCUAUCUAUAUACUGGGUACAAUGUAUCUAUCUAUAUACUGGGUAUAAUGUAUCUAUCUAUAUACUGGGUACAAUGUAUCUAUCUACAUACUGGGUAUAAUGUAUCUAUCUAUAUACUGGGUACAGUGUAUCUAUCUAUAUACUGGGUACAAUGUAUCUAUCUAUAUACUGGGUACAGUGUAUCUAUCUAUAUACAGGGUACAGUGUAUCUAUCUAUAUACUGGGUACAGUGUAUCUAUCUAUAUACAGGGUACAGUGUAUCUAUCUAUAUACUGGGUACAAUGUAUCUAUCUAUAUACUGGGUACAAUGUAUCUAUCUAUAUACUGGGCACAAUGUAUCUAUCUAUAUACUGGGUAUAAUGUAUCUAUCUAUAUACUGGGUACAAUGUAUCUAUAUACUGGGUACAAUGUAUCUAUCUAUAUACUGGGUAUAAUGUAUCUAUCUAUAUACUGGGUACAAUGUAUCUAUCUAUAUACUGGGUACAAUGUAUCUAUAUACAGGGUACAAUGUAUCUAUCUAUAUACUGGGUACAAUGUAUCUAUCUAUAUACUGGGUACAAUGUAUCUAUCUAUAUACAGGGUAUAAUGUAUCUAUCUAUAUACAGGGUACAGUGUAUCUAUAUAUGUACUGGGUAUAAUGUAUCUAUCUAUAUACUGGGUAUAAUGUAUCUAUCUAUAUACUGGGUACAAUGUAUCUAUCUAUAUACUGGUAUAAUGUAUCUAUCUAUAUACUGGGUAUAAUGUAUCUAUCUAUAUACUGGGUACAAUGUAUCUAUAUACAGGGUACAAUGUAUCUAUCUAUAAACUGGGUAUAAUGUAUCUAUCUAUAUACUCGGUACAAUGUAUCUAUCUAUAUACUCGGUACAAUGUAUCUAUAUACAGGGUACAAUGUAUCUAUAUACAGGGUACAAUGUAUCUAUCUAUAAACUGGGUGCAAUGUAUCUAUCUAUAUACUGGGUACAAUGUAUCUAUCUAUAUACUGGGUAUAAUGUAUCUAUCUAUAUACAGGGUAUAAUGUAUCUAUCUAUAUACUGGGUAUAAUAUAUCUAUCUAUAUACUGGGUACAAUGUAUCUAUCUAUAAACUGGGUACAAUGUAUCUAUCUAUAUACUGGGUAAAAUGUAUCUAUCUAUAUACUGGGUACAAUGUAUCUAUCUAUAUACUAGGUACAAUGUAUCUAUCUAUCUUUCCUGGCCAUAUCCAUGGCAGCACAACACUGGGUAGCUCCUCCCCAUCCCUAGUUAGACAGGAACUAAUUAAAACAAUUAGUUUUAAUUCCUACCCUUAGUCUUUUUGUUCCUGUCCUAUCUCUAGGACAGAUUAGUCUUUUCAGACUGCGAACUAUUUUUUUUUUUUUCUUAUGGGUUACUUUAAGGGUUUUUACCCUUGGCCCCAGGGGAGUUAAGCCUCUCUUCCUUGGGAAGCUCCAGUAUAUGGCCCUGUGCAAAGGUGUCCCCCUGGAAAACCCCCCAGUGACUGGGGGAAGCUUGCAGUGACCCUAGGGGUAGCACCCUAUUGACUGCAGUGACCCUAGGGGUAGCAGGUAUGGGCAAGGCAUAAGCAGUAUGGAUAUACCCCCUUCUACCUUCAUUUUACUGAUUAAUCUAGCCUUCUCUGAUUUGGAGGCAUUCCUCCUCUUGAUUCAGCAGUUCUCUGCCCGGUGUUUAUUCUCCCUUCUGGGGAAGUACAGGGCUUCCCUGGUGAUCUAGGGUUCCCCCUGUGUCUAUUCGCUGCAUUUUUGCCACAUUUCUGGCGGUCUGCAGAGGUUGGGAGACCUGGGGUCUCCUUGCUGGCUUGGCGUCCAGUUUUCGCCAUUGCGCAUGCGUGAACAGUGCGUUCGCGUCAUGCCGUUUUCAUGCAUGCGCGGAAGUGCCGGUUGCACAUGCGUGGUACGUUGCGGUUCCGAUGACGUAAUUCAGUAGUUUGGGCACCCUUUUAAAAGCGCCAAUACUGAAAUGUAACUUUCCAAUACAGUCCCUUGCUAACUUAAAGCUGAAGGUAAGUCUUUUAAAGGCACAGUUGGUCUAUUUUUUUUUUUAUUUUUUUUUUAUUCAGUUGAUGUUUUCUGAACCUUAUUUUUAAGCCUUAUAGUAUUUUAUGGGCUUAAUUUUUAUAGAUGAUUUCAUCUGAGAUCAUGGAUUCAGACUCAUCAGUUCAAAGUAAAAGGUCACUAUCUAAAUCUCAGGGGUAAGCCAUUUCCCAUAUUUUUUUCUUCCAUUUUUCUUCUAAACAAAAGAGUGCUGGCUAAUAUUUUCCCUUAUUAUAGUAGUACUAAAGGGAAAAAGACAACUGGAACAUCCAAAGAAAAGUCUCCCGCAAGGUCCUUAUGCGAAGCAUGUGACAAGAGGGCCCUGGAGGGGAAGCGCCUAUGCUCAGAUUGCCUACAGGCCGCAGGAUGUCCCGCAUCAUCCACCCCGGUUUUGAUGCAAAUUAUUCAGAAUGCUGUAUCCCAAGGCAGAUAUCCAGAUCCUCCCGACUACUCACAAUACGACUCUUCCGAUGUUUCUAUGGAGGAGACAUACAGGGAGAGGUCAUCUUCCUCGGAUGAGGAAAAACAGCACGCUCCUGACACUUUGGACCCAACCGAAGUGGAUCACUUAAUUUCCAGGGUCCGCAAGUCUCUGAGCAUGAAGGAACCUUCAAGAGAAGAGCCUUCUACAUCCAGUCGAUACUUUUCUGACCUCUGAAAAAAGAGGGCUACUUUCCCGGUUCAUGAGGCGAUUAAGGGCAUCAUUAUGGAAGAAUGGUCCAAAACAGAGAGGAAACUCCCCAAUCAAGGGAGAAUUUCUCGCCUUUACCCUUUUGACAAACAGGACGCAGGCCACUGGAAGUCAGCCCCUAAAGUGGAUGCUGCGGUGGUAAGACUGACCAAGAGCACCACAUUGCCAGUGGAUAAUGCAGGAUCUCUAAGAGACUCCAUGGAUAAGAAGAUGGACUCUAACCUGUCCAGGGCCUAUGUGGCAGCAGGCACAGGUCUCCACCCCGCGGUAGCCCUUACCUCGGUCUCCAGAGCUUUGAAGAUCUGGCUGGAAGGCUUGGAGCAGGAUAUCAAAGAGGGCAGAAGCAGAUCUAACCUCGUGGGCAAACAUUAAUAGAUUUCACUACUGAAGCCUCAGUGGAUAUGGUCAAAGCAGUGGCCAGGAACAUGGAAUUUUCCAUCUCAGCUAGAAGGCCUUUGUGGCUCAGAUCCUGGUCAGCAGAUGCCUCAUCUAAGAAUAGCCUCUGCUCUUUACCGUUCUAUGGAGACAUGCUCUUUGGUAAGAACCUGGAUGACUGCAUUAAGAAAGCAGCAGAUGGCAAGAAUGCUUUUUUGCCUCAAGAUCGUAGGCCUAAGAGAUCUUUUCAACCCAAAAGACCUUCAGAUCAAUCUUCCUUUCGGGACUUCAAAUCCUACAGACCAGGUAGAGAAUACGGAAGAUCCCAGCCUUGGAGAGGGGGACAGUCUUCAGUCAGGGGAGGAAGAUCCAGAGGCUCCGAAUUCAGCAGGAACACGAGAGCUUUAUGACGGGUUGAUCUCCCUGCCUGGAGGGGUAGGAGCACGCCUCCUCCUAUUCCAAAAGAGAUGGGAGUCUUCUACCAAAGACAAGUGGGUGAUGGACAUCAUCAGAAGAGGAUAUCUUCUGGAAUUCAGAGAUGCCCCACCUCGUCGCAGUUUUCAAACUACAAGAUGGCCGGGAGACAGAGACAAGAGGUUGGCUUUUCUGGAGUUUAUUUCUUCCCUACAGCAAGAAGGCGUCAUUAUGGAGGUUCCAAAGGAGGAAAGAACACACAAGUUUUAUUCUCAUCUAUUCCUCACAAAGAAGUCCUCAGGAGCAUGGAGAGCCAUUCUAGAUCUUGACAUUCUCAACAAGCGAUUGAACGUAAGAACAUUAAAAAUGGAGUUGCUCCAGUCCAUCAUCAAAGCAGUCUUCCCAGGGCAAUGGCUGAUGUCUGUAGAUCUGCAAGAUGCCUACUUCCAUGUUCCGAUCGCUCAACUGCAUCAAAGAUAUCUGAGAUUCGCAGUAGAAGGAGGGCACUCCCAGUUCCGAUCCCUUCUCUUUGGCCUCAGUACGGCUCCUCGCACUUUCUCAAAGAUCCUGGUGAUCCUGAUCGCAGAAUUAAGAGAGAGGGGCAUUGCCAUUUUUCAUUAUCUGGACGACAUCCUGGUGCUGUCAGAGGACAGGUACACUCUCAAGCAACAGGGACAGAUCUGCAUUCAGUUCCUGCAGGAACACGGCUGGAAGAUAAAUGGUAGCACAUAUCAAUCAUCAAGGAGGUACCCGAAGUCGCAGUAUGGUCAGGUUGAUGACUCCCCUGAUGUCUUGGGCACAGAAGAACCAUGCGGGGCUAGUGGCAAUUCGUCUGCCAUGAGUGCAGAAUACGGUAGCAGACUUCCUCAGCAGGGUAAGAAUAGACCCAGGAGAGUGGAGCCUCUCAGACGAAGUCUUCAAGGAUAUUGUGAAGAAAUGGGGUCUUCCUCAGAUAGACAUCAUGGCCACCAACAACAACAAGAAGCUCCAGGGAUUCUUCUCGAGGGGUCACGAACCGCAGGCCUGGGAGAGGGAUACCCUAUCAUGCAGUUGGGAGUUCACAAAGGGGUAUGCAUUUCCUCCGACUCCCCUCAUAUUUCCUCUACUACGAAGGAUUUGUCAGGAACCAGUUUUCAUGAUCCUGAUUGCCCCAUACUGGCCUCGCCGGCCUUGGUUCCCUCUUCUUCUGAGCCUCUGUCAGGAACCUCCGUGGGAUCUUCCAGCAGUUCCUUCUCUUCUGCACCAGGGUCCUAUCCUACACCCAGACCCAGCAUCACUUAACCUGAAGGCCUGGAGGUUGAAAGGGAAAGGCUUCUAGAGAAGGGUUUCUCGGAUACAGUCAUAGAUACCCUGUUACAGGCUCAGAAGCGGUCCACUUCCUCUACCUACUAUAGAAUUUGGGAUGCUUUUUCUUCCUGGACCUCUCCUAAGCAGGUUAACAUUCAGCAUCCUGCUAUUAAAGACAUCUUGGAGUUUCUACAAUCAGGUCUGGAUAAGGGUUUGAGCUACAAUACCUUAAAGGUACAUGUCUCCGCUCUUUCAGCUCUCACUGACCACAAAUGGGCCUUUAAUCCAGAUGUAUCCAGGUUUCUUGCUGCAGUCCUCAAGAUUAAACCUCCGAUCAAGCCAUUUGCUCCCCCAUGGGAUCUACCCCUGGUAUUACAAGCCAUGAAGGUAGCUCCCUUCGAACCCUUGGAGUCCAUCUCUCCUCAUCUUCUUACCAUCAAGACCGUUUUGCUGGUGGCAUUAGCAUCAGGGAGAAGGGUUUCGGAGCUCAGUGCCUUAUCAGUCAAAGAGCCUUUCACGGUGUUUCACAGAGACAGGGUGAUUUUAAGAACCAUUCCCGAAUUUUGCCCUAAGGUAACCACGGCCUUUCAUGUUAAUGAAGACAUAGUGCUUCCAGCCCUGACGCAAGAAGAACAUUCCCAAGAAGGAGGUUCUUCUCCGCUGGAUUUGGUAAGAUGUUUAAGAAUCUAUAUUGACAGAUCUCUUGGCUGGCGUUCGUCGGAUCAGCUACUCAUCAUUCCGAAUGGGGCUAAGAAAGGUCGCCAUGCUUCUAAAAAGGCCGUGAGCAGAUGGAUUGUCUCCGCUAUCAUUCAAGCUUACCUUGCCAGUGGGGUUCCAGUACCUAGCAGUCUAAAGGCUCACUCGACCAGGUCCCUUUCCUCCUCUUGGGCAGCCGCAGCGAGAGUAUCUCGAGAGCUUGUCUGCAGAGCAGCUACAUGGUCAUCGGUGAACACCUUUAUUCGACAUUAUCAAGUAGAUGUCAGAGCUGGUCAAUGGGACAAGUUUGGUAAAAGUGUCCUUUCAACAUCCAACUAAUGUCUUUCUUUUUGUAUGAUUUCACUUAUAGAUGUGCUAAUACAUUUGCAUUACGAAAUAUUUUGAGUCUGUGUAUUCUUUUCCCUCCCUUGGUUUUGCUUGGGUAUUACCCAUUGUUGUGCUGCCAUGGAUAUGGCCAGGAAAGAGGAAAAUGUAUUUAUACUUACCGCAAUUUUCUUUUCCUGGUCAUAGGCCAUGGCAGCACAAAGAUCCCGCCCAGGGAUUUUUGCUGGAAUACAAGAGGGGGUACUUAUACCCUUGUUUUAAUUAGUUCCUGUCUAACUAGGGUUGGGGAGGAGCUACUCAUUGUUGUGCUGCCAUGGCCUAUGACCAGGAAAAGAAAAUUACGGUAAGUAUGAAUACAUUUUCCUCUAUAUACUGGGUACAAUGUAUCUAUCUAUAUACUGGGUAUAUAUGUAUUUAUAUCUAUCUAUAUCUAUAUAUAUAUAUAUAUAUGUACAGUGUAUUUAUAUACAUACUGGGUACAAUGUAUCUAUGUAUUACAUGUAUUAAUAAAUUGUUGUAUGACAUUUGACAGAGAUUUUGGGAAAGAUGCAAAAAAUGUUCAGUUCUAAAAAAAAGUGGUGCAAAAAAAUAAAAGGGAGGCAUCACCAACGGGAUGUGCCUGCUGGUUCCACUGGUUUACAUGGCAAUCGCCCCACUCUAAAGGGACACUAUAGGCAACCAGACCACUUCAGCUCAGUGUCUACCAGACAGCCACUAGAGGGACUUCCACGCAUCUGGGUAUGCGCAUUGGAUCACUCACAUCGUCGGGGGAGGAGUAAAGGCAGACCCAAGCCAGCACCGAGGGACCUUGAUGGAGUGGGAAGCUAUAGUGCUAGAAAAACAUGUUUUUUCCCCGGUAUUAUAGUUCCCCUUUAAGCACUUUAGAUCACUUUUAGAACAGAACACUUUGAUAAAGCUUCCCCAUUAAAAUGGUACUAAAUUAAUAAGGGCACAUCAACGAGGUUCAUAAUGGAACAGAUUUCAAUAUUACCAUUUAUUUUAAUCUGUACAGCAUUUGUUUUAUUCUUAUUUUUUAAUGGUAAAUAAAAUAUGUCUACAUAAAGCAUGGGCAUGACUUACCUUGGAGUUAUUAUGGUGAUUUAUUAUGGUGAUUAUAGUGCCAAAUGGCUAUUUAGCAUAUUAUUUAUGGAGUUAAUGAAUUAAAUUAAAUAUUAAAUAUUUCAAAUAAAUGAAUAUAUAUAUAUAUAAAAAUAUAUUUUUGCCCAGAUCCCAGGUUCAUUUAUAUUUCUUGCUAAAAACGUUAUGUUUUAUGUUUCUAAUUUUUAGUUUCAUAUUUAUGACUUUUCGUUGUUUUCUGUAAACAAUUAUAAAAUCUUCAAUACAAUUUUAAUAAAACCAAAAAAACUGUAUGUUUGUCUCUGUCUAGGUUUUAGAGUGACACUCGCAGAAAAGGCAGCAUGCUUGUCAGUCAGAGGAUUCGACCCCGUUGCAGGGAAGUGAGAGGACCAGACCCUCACUCUGUGGCUGUGGUAAGUCACUGUACUUCUUAUAGGCCACGUUAUUCAAGGGAUGAAGCCAUUUAAAUGGAUGCACCUCAUUGCUGUGUCUCUGUAAAGGCUAAUGUUGCAUUUCAGGGCUUCGCACAUAGUUACAAAUUGUUCAGGUAGACCUUCAUACUUAGCACUGAUAUACUACAAGGAGCACUUCAUAUGAAUGUUUUGUUCCAUGAUUUACAGAAUGUACAAGAAAGUGAACAACUAAACUCCCUGCAAAUCAAGAAAAUAUUAUCAUGUACCAAAAUUAAAAAAAAUAUGUCAGAAUAUAUUUUAAAAAAAAUGUAACCUAUACAGACUUGUAGUCAAAAGCAAAAAUGAAAGAUACCUGUACUCUAUCCCAGGCACUGGAAUAAUGUAAGCGGGAGGGGGAUUCUGAGGAUGGGGCACCUCAGGGCACUAUAGUGUCAGGAAAACCGCUAUGUUUUCCUGACACUAUAGUGAUCCUUUAAUGAGUCAAGAAUUCAAAAUGAAUUUAAAAUUUAAGGCCAUAGUAUUUAAACUGGAAACAUAGGUUAAUUUGGUCAUUUGACUUUAAAUAGAAACAUAGAAUGUGAUGGCAGAUAAGAACCAUUCAGCCCAUCUAGUCUGCCCAAUUUUCUAAAUACUUUCAUUAGUCCCUGGCCUUAUCUUAUAGUUAGGAUAGCCUUAUGCGUAUCCCACGCAUGCUUAAACUCCCUUACUGUGUUAACCUCUUCCUGGAAGGCUAUUCCAUGCAUCCACUACCCUCUCAGUAAAGUAAUACUUCCUGAUAUUAGUUUUAAACCUUUGCCCCCCUAAUUUAACACUAUGUCCUCUUGUUGUGGUAGUUUUUCUUCUUUUAAAUAUGGUCUCCUCCUUUACUGUGUUGAUUCCCUUUAUAUAUUUAAAUGUUUCUAUCAUAUCCCCCCUGUCUCGUCUUUCCUCCAAGCUAUACAUGUUAAGAUGCUUUAACCUUUCACUUUGAAUUCCCAAAAGUUCUCACAUUAGCGAAUAAUGCUGAUAUAUGUAAUGCUGAUUGUUUAAUUUAGUUUAUGGAAUUCCUGUUUAGGGGGGGGGGGGAGAAUUGAGGAAGUUUCUUAAAAAAUAUGACAAUUGUAAUUGAAAUUAAAUUUACGUGGAAAUUGCAUCAUACUAUUGUUUAUUUUUCUUUCCAGAAAGCCAAGUUACCUUCGCGACGACAAAUUGAUCAUUUCAUUCUUGAGAACAGGCGUCAAAAUGAGGUUCGGGACCAGUUGCUUGCUUAUACCAAGUAUAAUAAAUUUGAAUUAAUGAAGAACAAAUGGGAAAAAACCACAGACUAUAAAAUAAUGCACAACACCGUUCAGAGAAAGGUCUAUGAGACAAUGGAGGAAUACCGGAUGCAUAUUGAGGAGAGACGGGACAGGUGACAAAAUGGCCUCUUUGUAUCAAUAUCCUAUUUUAGUAAAACGCAGUAUUCCAUACCGAGCAGAAAAUUAAGGUGGAUAUAACAGGAGAUCAUUCUCAUGACAUGUUAGCUCAGUUUCCAUCAACCUACGAUUAGUCACAAUUUAGCAUCUUAGGUUAUGUUAAAAUAUAUUUUUCUAUAAUAAGAGUGCAUUAAAGAAUGAACCCAUUCCUAUUAUUGCUUAAAAUCCCUACUAGUAAGUACCCCAAGGACAUAUACUCAUUUGGAAAUCAAAUCAGUGGUUCACCUGAUUUUUAAUAUAUACGCAAAAAAUAUCUUAACAAGACCUGGCCCUAUGACUAAUUCCUGAGGGAUAUCAUUAGUACAUAAUCUUUGCUAUGAAAGCUUACCAUUUAUCACUGCACAUUGUCAUCUGUCUUCUAGCCAAUUCUUUAUUCAUUCUAUAAUCCACACACACAGAGUUCUUAAAUAUGCAUGUUCUAUUAGGAAGAUUCACUGUACAUUGUAAACAUAUUAAUGACAUCUCCAGCAAAGGGUGUAGGGAAAUCCUCUGUUUCUUGUCAAAUCAAUUGAAAUAUGUAUGACAAAACUAUAGGGACUGCACCAAUAGCCAUUUGGCACUAUAAUCACUACAAAAAGUUAGAAGUUAGGAUAUGUGGAGUGUCCCUUUUAUGUUCCUACUAGGACUCAGCUGCAAACCUCAUGCAGAGCCUGGGUCCCACACACACCAGCAUAUAGCUCCCAAGACUCUCAGCUGCAAGCCUCAUGCAGAGGUAGCUCUCUUGGAUGGCUUCCCGCCCACCCCUCCCCACCCCAAGUUUCUCAUUACAUUUAUAGAUAGGACAAAUUACCUGACAGUCCAAACACUGUGUCUCUCAAACACUCAUCACCUGCUUAAUUAUCACACUCCUGGCCUUUUAACCACUCACACCUCUCUUGUAACUCUUCUUUUAAAAUGUUCUCCCUCAUAUUCUUUAUCUUCAACCUCACUUCUCUCAUUGCCAAAAUAUCUCUGUCAUUCUGCAUACCUGUUCCUGCUGACACCAUUUUCAUUGCUCCCACACUACUUCCUUCCCCUCUUUAUUCAUCCCUCCCUUGUUUAUUCAUCCCAUGCACUCCACUUGUACCUUUCCAACUUAUCUCCACCAUCUCCUUCUAAAUCCUCAAAAUAUAUGUUUACAUAGAAACAUAGAAACAUAGAAACAUAGAAUGUGACGGCAGAUAAGAACCAAUUCGGCCCAUCUAGUCUGCCCAAUUUUCUAAAUAAUUUAAUUAGUCCCUAGUCUUAUCUUAUAGUUAGGAUAGCCUUAUGCCUAUCCCAUGCAUGCUUAAACUCCUGUCACUGUGUUUACGGCUGCUAUCUAUAAACACUGAUUUAUUUAUUACAGUUAUCAAAACUGAUUAUAUAUUUCUCUUGCUAACCUAGACUCAAGUCCUUGCUGGAAAAGGAAGAGGUGGAACAGAUCAAGGAAAUGGAGUCUAUGGAGGAAACCACUGUGGAAAGACAAGCCAAAAUGAGGGAAAGAGUCAAGAGUCUGAGAGAAAGAAGAGAGAAUGAAAGAUUGGCCUUAGUUGCUGAGAAGCGCGACCAGCAAUUCAGGUAAAUAGAUUUGCUUCUGAAACUUAUGGAACUCAGCAGUUAUCUCUUAACUUGUAAAAUUAGUUUGACUUGUGGCUCAAAAAGGAUGAAAGGUGAUAAACCAACAUCUGUGCCAGACGUUGUUUCUUGGAAGCCUAAAAGUAGGAUAUGCACUUCUAUACAACCAACCUCCGUCCAAGCAGGCUAGUGGAGAUUACAAUUCAUCUAGGUAGAGAAUACCAGUACAGGGGCUGUUCAAAGUGUCGUACCAAAGGUAUAAGAAACAUUUGUCAACAGUUCUUUAGGACAGAUCUGGUAACAAAGGUUCAGUUCUAAAGGGCAGAGCAGGCAACAUGCUUCCAAAUCAAUAAGAAUAGUCAGGAGUCUAAAAAUGAAAAUCAGAUACAAGGAGUAAAAUGACAAUCAAAACCAGAUAAACUCUGCGAAUGGCACAGACGUUGUAACAACUGAGAACUGUUGGUCUCUCCGGGUUUUAUACAGGAGGGAGAAGAAAAACAAGGAGAUAGAUAUAUUAUAGUUCAUUCAAUUAUUUAGAUAAUGUUUUACAAGAAUAAUACAGUAAUUGUACCCUCAUUUUCACACAUGGCACUAUAAUUACACUGUAAAUCUCUUCAAAGGAACUCUCCUGGCACCAUAACAACUGCAUAUCAAUGAAGUCGUUAUGGUACCUGGAGGUCCUGGGGACCAUCUCACCUUGAGGGGUUAAACCGUUUACAAUUAGUUUAAACCCGAAGUUGUGCAACUGGCACCCGUCAGCUUGACCCUUUUCCAUUGCUUGUGAUUUUUUUUCUUGCAUUUACAUAGAGCACUACCUGAGGCUGAUACUACAUAUCAUUUUUGCAUUAAAAAAAAAAGUUCAGUUUUCUCUUAAUAGUAAUUAUUUUGGACUAAAAGGCAAGGUCUUAUGUGCACCGGAUAUUCACACAGUAUUCAUUGGGGACAUGAUUACAAUUAAAACACUAAUAAAUUAGAACAGAUUAUGAAUACCCUCAUAUUUCAGUACAUGUUGGACUUUGAUAAAUCUUGUGUCUAGUCUGACAUGUAUUUAGAGGAAGUCAAAGAAGAAAGGUCCAGGAACUCCAAGGUUUUAAAUAGGCAAAUUUAUUAGACCCAAAUGUCCAACAAAGUUUAUUUUUCAAGCUUCGAGCAAGGUGCAAGAGAGUACUGAGAAUGGAAAACAGGUCAAAUAACCUGCCCUUCAGUGGGUCAUUCUCAGAUGUCAUGCUAGUUUUCGCUCAUCUUGUGCCAUUACAAAAAGAACCAGGACGAUUUGCAUAUUAGACUGAUUCCACCCAAAAGUGCGGUCCAGAACCCGAAUGCAAGCCAGCUCUCUUUGCACGAGAGAUACAGCAACCCCAGAAGAUUCAUUGCCUUGUUAUGCAUUGUCAGUGAGGUAUAGCUGAUAUCUUUCUAGGCACCGUGAGCAAGGGGCCUAUGUCUGGACUACCCUUUAAACUUAGGGAGAACAAAAAAGCUAUCAUCUGGAGUUGCUGUAUCUCUUGUGCAGAGAAAGAGCUGCCUGCAUUUCGGUCCUGGACCGCCCUUUUGAGUAGAAUCAGUCUGAUGUGCAAAUGGUCGUGGUAAUGGCACAAGAUGAGCUAAAACAAGCUUAAGAUCUGAGUGGGAACCUCAGUUCUCUCUUGCACCUUGUUUUUUUGCUGUCUUUAUAAUUGUUUAUAAUUUUUCAAUGUAUAUUACUUAUUUAAAUGUUUUCAGGGACCAGUGUGAGGAGCUGCGUUCUCUAAGGUCCCAAAUUACCCAGAAUGAGGUGUGCACAGAGAGAAUGGCUCAGCUCAUACUUAAAGAUGAACUGAAUAGGCAACGCAAAGAAGAGGAUGACCUCUUUGCUGAGCUUUGGGAAAAGGAUCGAAUGGCCAAAGAGAAGCGUGAGGAGAAGGACAGCCAAAGACAACGGAAACUCAACCGGGAAAUGUCAGAUGUGCUUCAAGCCCAAAGAGCUGCUUCUGAAGCACAGAAGAUAGAGGGAAAGCGGCUUAAAGCUGAGGAAGCUCAGUUACUGGUAACAACUAAUGAUAUACGGUUUCCUGUUGGUUUAUAUGUCAUUAUGAUUUUUCUGCAACAAAUUAAAGUGGCUCUGUCACUUUGUCUGGGGUAUUUGCAUAUUUUGAGAUCAAGUAUACAGUUGCAAGAAAAAGUAUGUGAACCCUUUGGAAUGAUAUGGAUUUCUGCACAAAUUGGUCAUAAAAUGUGAUCUGGUCAUCAUCUAAGUCACAACAAUAGACAAUCACAGUCUGCUUAAACUAAUAACACACAAAGAAUGAAAUGUUGCCAUGUUUUUAUUGAACACACCAUGUAAACAUUCACACUGCAGGUGGAAAAAGUAUGUGAACCCUUGGAUUUAAUAACUGGUUGAACCUCCUUUGGCAGCAAUAACUUCAACCAAACGUUUCCUGUUGUUGCAGAUCAGACGUGCACAACGGUCAGGAGUAAUUCUUGACCAUUCCUCUUUACAGAACUGUUUCAGUUCAGCAAUAUUCUUGGGAUGUCUGGUGUGAAUCGUUUUCUUGAGGUCAUGCCACAGCAUCUCAAUCAGGUUGAGGUCAGGACUGGGCCACUUCAGAAGGCGUAUUUUCUUCUGUUUAAGCCAUUCUGUUGUUGAUUUACUUCUAUGCUUUGGGUCAUUGUCCUGUUGCAACACCAAUCUUUUGUUGAGCUUCAGCUGGUAGACAGAUGGCCUUAAGUUCUCCUGCAAAAUGUCUUGAUAAACUUGGGAAUUCAUUUUUCCUUCGAUGAUAGCAAUCCGUCCAGGCCCUGACGCAGCAAAGCAGCCCCAAACCAUGAUGCCCCCACCACCAUACUUCACAGUUGGGAUGAGGUUUUGAUGUUGGUGUGCUGUGCCUUUUUUUCACCACACAUAGUGUUGUGUGUUUCUUCCAAACAACUCAACUUUGGUUUCAUCUGUCCACAGAAUAUUUUGCCAGUACUGCUGUGGAACAUCCAGGUGCUCUUGUGCAAACUGUAAAUGUGCAGCAAUGUUUUGUUUGGACAGCAGUGGCUUCCUCUGUGGUAUCCUCCCAUGAAAUCCAUUCUUGUUUAGUGUUUUACGUAUUGUAGAUUCGCUAACAGGGAUGUUAGCAUUUGCCAGUGACUUUUGUAAGUCUUUAGCUGACACUCUAGGAUUCUUCUUCACCUCAUUGAGCAGUCUGCGCUGUGCUCUUGCAGUCAUCUUUACAGGACGGCCACUCCUAGGGAGAGUAGCAGCAGUGCUGAACUUUCUCCAUUUAUAGACAAUUUGUCUUACCGUGGACUGAUGAACAGCAAGGCUUUUGGAGAUACUUUUAUAACCCUUUCCAGCUUUAUGCAAGUCAACAAUUCUUAAUCGUAGGUCUUCUGAGAGCUCUUUUGUGCAAGGCAUCAUUCACAUCAGGCAAUGCUUCUUGUGAAAAGCAAACCCAGAACUGGUGUGUGUUUUUUAUAGGGCAGGGCAGCUGUAACCAACACCUCCAAUCUCAUCUCAUUGAUUGGACUCCAGUUGGCUGACAUCUCACUUCAAUUAGCUCUUGGAGAUGUCAUUAGUCUAGGGGUUCACAUACCUUUUCCACCUGCACUGUGAAUGUUUACAUGGUGUGUUCAAUAAAAACAUGGCAACAUUUCAUUCUUUGUGUGUUAUUAGUUUAAGCAGACUGUGAUUGUCUAUUGUUGUGACUUAGAUGAUGAUCAGAUCACAUUUUAUGACCAAUUUGUGCAGAAAUCCAUAUCAUUCCAAAGGGUUCACAUACUUUUUCUUGCAACUGUGUGUGUGUAUAUAUAUAUAUAUAUAUAUAUAUAUAUAUAUAUAUAUAUACAGACACACAUAUAUAUAUAUAGACCUUAAAACCACCUGCCUAAUAUUGUGUAAGUUCCCCUCAUGCUGCUAAAACAGUUUGGAUUAAGCAUGGACUCUACAAGACCUCUGAAUGUGUCCUGUGGUAUCUGACACCAAGAAAUGGUAUUAUUUGGCCACCAGCGCGACCCCCAUUUAUGCAUGUUAAGGUGAGUGGAGCCAACCCCUCUUGUUUUAUAUAUAUAUAUAUAUAUAUAUAUAUAUAUUUGGGAGUGUAGCCAACUCCUUGGUUUUGCACCCCUCCCUGUCACAGGUGCCUCAUCCCAGGGCCCUAUUUAGCCUUGUACUGCAGAGAGCCCCAGAUGGAAUUUUUUUCCCCAAGUAGGUUAAUCUCAUAAGAGCAGACAUUAGGCUGUUAGUGUAGGACCUGCCAAAGAUGGGGUACAUUGACGUUGUGGCAGGCUUAUGCAAUGUAUGAUCAUAUAAUGUAACUAAACCCCCAUUAUUUUUGCCUAGAUUAGGUGUUUUUAAAAAACAAAUAAAAUCUUUCAACAUUGAAGUUGCUGUUUAGUGGAUAGGUGAGUGCGCUGGAUCUUGUGUAAUAUAUAUAUAUAUAUAUAUAUACUGACCUUAAAACCACCUGCUUAAUAUUGUGUAAGUUCCCCUCGUGCUGCUAAAACAGUUUGGAUUAAGCAUGGACUCUACAAGACCUCUGAAUGUGUCCUGUGGUAUCUGACACCAAGAAAUUAGCAGCACGUUCUGCUAGUUGGGAGGUGGGGCCUCCAAUGAUCGGAUUUGUAACUUAAUCUGAUGAAUGUUUGGGUAUUUAACUGAAACAUCGAUUUUAGUUUUUGAACAAUAAUAGCUUUUAAGUUUGCAUAAGUCCAGAGAGUGCUAUCUGGAUUUUGAGUUUUAUAUAUAUAUAUAUAAUUUCCUCCUUCAAUUCAUCUAGCAGAUGCUGGUACUUUACAUCCAUGGAGCAUACAGGACCCAUUUAAUACCCAUAAAUCAUUUGACACACAUAUGCAGAACACAAAUGAUACCCACAUUGCAUUCAGUAAAUAAAAAUACAUAUUAUACAGGACAUUGAUCAAAACAAUAGCCUCCAGUGCCUACCGGCAUGCACUAUACAAUACUCAGCAUGUAGUUAGAAAUAUUCUACAAAUAUUAUUCCUCUUAGAAAAGGAUGGGAACGCUGUAGCUCACGUUUGUCUAUGUUACAUAGUAGCAGAUCAUUGUUUUUUUUUAUGAACCAGUUAUAAAAUAGAAGCUUGAAAUUGCUUGAUACAGCUCGAAUUAGUGUAUUUCCAUAUAUUGUUUAUUAUAUUUUGACAUACCACAGUAUUAGAUUCUCCUUGUUGGGACUACGUUUCUCAUUCAUGUAUUGGUAUGCUCUGAACUUUUGCCCUGAGUCCCAACUCCCAACAUCCUUCACAAGUUGUAUCUUCGUUGGCCAAGAAAGAGAGACUCCUGGCUGGGUUGUUUUGCUGCCUUUAACCAACUACUCUCUGUUAGCCCUUUGCUUUGUGUGUUUUUUGUUAUAAAUAUAAGAUCAGCUAUACAUUUGAAUCCACAGAGAAGUUGAUAGGUUAGGUGUGUGCGAUAUGUAAAUGUUGUGUUUUGGGUGCAGGAGGAGCAGCGAUGUUUAAUAAAGAUGGAGGAUGAGCGGGCCUUGCAUGAAAAGCUCCAGAAGCAAGCACAUGUGAGAAACGUGUUGGACAAAUCCGUCCGUCUAAAGAUGAAGCAUCUUGCUCAAGACCAACAAGAGGAGCUAGCACUUGACAUGAAGAUCAUGGAUCAAAUCAUGCAAGACACUCAUGAUGAUACCAAGGAGAAAAAUCUUAGAAAGGUAACACAUUCAUGCUCUGUAAUUUUAGUACAGUUUUAUAGUCUCACAUCUGUAAGAAUAAUGGUCAUAUAUAUCAGUAGUGGCUUGUAGGUGGCUCCCGCUGUUGUUAAAUUACAACACCUAUGAUGCUUUGCCACUGAAUAACAGAAAUAGAGGUACCUAAUGGACACCCCUUAGUUUGCUUCCAGUAGUAAAAUGAAUGAAAUUGUAUUCAUUGCUGUGAAUUUAAUGACAUGUAAUAUGUUUAUGAUAGAUGCUAAAUAAACACAUGAUAAAAUAUGUCUGCCAUAUUUUCGGCCAUUCAUUAUGGGGGCACUCUAUUCACCUAAUUUCAAGGGCUAAUUGUGUGUUAUAAUAUAAAAGUGCUAAUUUUAAGGGAAAUCAGCAUUUAUAAAUCCUCCUUAAUAACACUUUGACAACUAGGAAGGUUUCCACACUCAUUUGUCUCCUAAGAAAUAUGUAUAUGAAUUAUUUUUGUAGGUUUUAACUUUUUUUUUUAUAUAUGAUGUUUGGUCUACUUGUAGCUGGAGCUUCAGAAAGAGCAACAGGUGUACCGGGAAUACCUGGCCCAACAGCUAGAAGAAGAGAAGCGACAGGAGAAGGAAAUGGACAAACUGAUUGAGGCAGAAUUGGAAAAAUCCUGGGCUAAGCGGACAGCACAACUAAGACUGGAGAAAGAGGCCAGAAACCGCCUGAUGAAGGAUGUCUUGGACACACGCCGACUUCAGAUUCAAGAGAAGUGUAAGAAAUCAUUUGUUGGGUUUUAACAAUCUGAGUGGUAUCAUGCUUUAAAGGGACACUCCAGUCAUACUGUGGCACCAACAUAACUCAAGUGCAUUUAAUAGAUCUUAGCCUCAUAUGUCUACUGUGUUUUUCUUCACAUUCAAAUUUCAUCAGUUUUGCUUAAAAAAGAAAAGAAAAAGUUUUCCGCAUAACCAUGUACAUUUUGUUACGAUCUUUCCUUUCACCAAGCAACUUCCUAAUUAGAUAUAUUUUGAGUACGUAGCUGGAAGUUGAGCUGUUGACAUCACUCCGCAGUCCGCCCCAUAGCCAAUCAAUAUCCUCUUAUUAUUUGUACCCAUUCCCUUUAGCAUGGCGUAUUAGAAGGUGAUAAAGUUAACUCAGCAGCUUACUACUACACUAAUCUCUCAUUGGGUGAGCCGAGUAUGUACUCAAAAGACAUCUACUUUGUGAAAGAGGGUUCCUUGCUAAAAUGUUUGCUGUAGAAAGCUGCAAACAUUUCUCUUAUUUUUCAGCAAAACUAAAGAGAUUUGAACAAGAAGAAAGAUGCAGCAUGAGUAUGAGACCAAAAUCUAUCAGUUCUUAUUCACUGCACAUUGCAUAAAUUAUUUUUUUUUUUUUAAACCAGGCAGCAAACACUUUUAAACAAAUAUAGAAACUAUAUUUCACUACCGGCUCCCAGACCACUUCAUCUCAUGCAUAAGGACAACUAACAGCUUCAAUUUCCCAUAGGAAAGCAUUGAUUCAAUGUUUUGAAUCAAGCUUCAGUGCUGCGCAUGCGCAUUUAGUUCCGUCACUGGGAGAAGACCUAGCAUGCGCCGAGGGAGCCUUGGCACUGGAACUAAAGUAACAAAAAGUUUUUUAACCCUUUACUUACCGGGGUUAAAGGGCAUCCAGAUCAUACAACACAGUGUGUUUACCUUAGAAGUUAUUAUCUCCUGCUCUGUUAACUGAACUUUAAACAUACAUAUGAGGCUGUUGGCAUGCUCUAGCAUGCUAUUAAUAGAGCAGGAGAUAAGACGUUUAAACUAAACACACUGUGCAAAAAAGGAAGUUAAUACAGUUAGACAGUUUUUUCAGGGAGAUUUACCUAGCACUGCAUAAACAGGGUGAUUUAACUCUUAAAUGGCAAAUUAUUAAGCAGUGAGACUACAGGGUCAUAAUCUAUACACCAAAAGCAAUUACAAAAACUAGAGUUUUCUGGUGCUUAGAGUAUUCCAUAAAAAAAUACAAUUUCACAGCUUCACUUUAAUAAGCUAUUGGUUUGUGCAAAAAGUCUCAUUAGUGAUGAUUAUUCUUUAAAUAUCUUCUCCAAGUUAAGCUGUGCCCUGUAUCAGCCCAUUCCAUCUUGUGUGGUUUAUAAAGGAUAGUUAUGUGAUAUGCUCACAGAGCUUGUUUCUACAAAUGCUCUGAAAAUGUCACUUGUAAUUUCUUGCAAUGUGUAAUGGCCCCUUUGAGGUCUUGCAUUAAUCUGCAGAAACUAAAUCAUUUGACAUGUUAUUAUUCUUGUCCAUCUGCAAAAAAAUUUCUUGUUUCCCGGCAUCAUACACAAAGCUGACAGUGAUUAUGUUAGCGAUUUUGUCAGAAUAUGUUGGCGCUUUAUAAAUGCCAAAAAACAAAAAAGUUAAUAUAAAUAUAGUCUGUGAUUACAAUAUUGUGUAAAAAGUUGUGUUUUACCUUUAAAGCAGCACUGUAACAUCCUUCCCCCUGAAAAAUUAGUAUUUUGUAAAGAUAGAAUCUUUAUGAAACUCAUCUUGACUUUGUUGGAGUUUCACUAAAAUCCCAACCAAGUCAAAAGAUAUACUGAGACAAAGUAGGGACUACAUUGUUUCACUAUUUCUCCUACGCCUUACACAGCUUGACAUUGGGCAGAGCUACCGACGUUAAGUAGUGUUGAUCCCCCAGCCAUCACCAUAAAUGGCUGCAGGGAAAUUAGCUCUAUGGAGAAUCCUGUGAAACCGCUGAAUCCUCCAUGGCCCUCACGGCUGUACUCUCACUGAAGCGCCAGGAGCAGAAGAGAACCGGCAGGUGAUGAUGGCGGCACCUGCGAGGGCCAGCUGACCUACCAGCGGUGAUGUCACCGGUGGGGGUGUUUGCAAAUUAUGCAGCGUCCCCAGACGGUGAUAGAUCCACUUUAAUAAUAUAUGUGAGACUUCUGUCAGUUCAUGAAUACCUUUGUUUCUCAGUUCUCAAAAGCUAAAGCCUUUAAAUGAAAAUACUGCAGACAUCCUUCACAUAUUCUUUGUUGUACUAAAUUACCUGUAAAAUUGCAGGAGGGUUGUUUAUGUCCUUCUCCAAGUUUCUUAUUACUUAUGAAGCCAGAUAGGGUGUGGGUGGAGAAUUUGAAAGGAGAAAUUAAUUAAUGGCCGCAGGAACAAUUAUAAAAUAUUUUAAAUCUUAAAACAUCUAGCCUACUUACACAAUUGGCUGAAAUAACCUUUAUUUAUCUAACAGGAUUGUUGUUUUUUGUUUAAAAGUUAUUUUUUUAUUUCCUUUAAUAUGUUACUCCAUGGUGCUUACACAAUUAGCUGACAUAUUUAUUUCGAAGCUCAAUUCAAUGUCUUAAGAGAUGGUGAGGUGACUUCCAGUAAGCUACCCCAAAUUAAUCAUUUCUGUUUUUACAUAUGAUAUAUAGCCAAAUUGCUGUACCGUGCAUUGCAAUUCAGUUUCAGAUUAUUUUAUCACUGUUAAGUAAAUUACCCAUAAUUGCCCUUACUUUUACUUGAAGCUAUUUCAAAUAUAAGCCAAAAACUGCUAUUCACUUGGCAGAAAGGUGUUGGCGAGAUUUGUCAUAUCCCUAUUCUCAAAAUACAUGCACCUACUGAUCUACACAGUCCUGUCCGGUUUUUGAGGAAAGGGAAAGCAAAUAAAAGUUUUUCCUCUGUCAAAUACUUUGGCUCUGUUAUGGCAUUAUAAGACAGGGAUAACAAAUAGAGAUUGCAGAUCUGAGGUCACUGUGAAGAUACCUCUGAUCAGUGGAGCAGAUAAUUUCAUUUUGUAGGCCAAUCAGGUUGAAGUUUAAAUAAAGCCCCGCCCCCUACCAAUAUAUCAAAUGUGUUGUUGUUUCGAAAAUGGCAUGAAUCUUUCAUUACUUAAUUGUCAAUGUAAUUACAUUUUCUUUUUUCAGUGGAAGGAAAUGCAAUAAAACUGGAAGAACUUGCUCGUGACAAAGAACUUUUGGAAAUGGCUGUUGAAGAGCACAAACAGCUCGAAAAGGAAAGAAAUGAAAAGUAUGUAUGCCAAAACCAAUGCCGGCUAGUUUUUCAAAACACAUUACAUCUUAAAUCUUCUGUUUCUAUUCCUGGAAAAAAAAGUAUAUGAAAUCCUCCGGUCUUAUAGUUUCAUGUACAUUUAUCAAGAAAUGUCUGUAUUGUUAGACUAUUACAAGAAAACUGGAUGGUGGAGUAAGGUGGCUUCUGCUGGGGGAGCUUAGUCAUUGCCUGUUACUAUUGUAACUCAUGUUGCUGAAAAACUUAUGCUGGCCAAGAUAGAAAGGUGCAGAAGACACAAUGCAUCACAGUUUGCUGAGUAUGGGACUGCCUAGCUAUAGACCAGUCAGAGUUCCCGUGAUGACCCAUGUCCAUCGCCGAAGCACCUUUAAUAGGGACGUGAGCAUCAGAGGGAAAGUUGUUCACAGUUUAAUUGAUAUGCUUUCCUAAAGAAGUAAGUUUUCAAAGAUGUUUUGAAGAAGUGGAGAUUGGGUGAAAGUUUAAUAGAGAGGGGAAGGGAAUUCCAUAGGAAGGGUGAAGCUCUAGAGAAGUCUUUAAGUUGAGCAUCAGAGGUAGGAGUACAAACAGAGGUUACGCGUAGGUCUCCGGCAGAUAAUUAGGUCAGAGCAGCAUUGUGUAGAGAUUUGUAAACAAUAUCAGGAUCUUAAAUUGAGACCUAUAUCUUACGGGCAGCCAAUGUAGGGACUGACAAAGGGGGGAGGCAUGGGAGUGGCUUCCUGCACUUAAAAGGUAGGAAACAGUAGGGUGACUAAACCUGUAUGUAUGUGUGUGUUUCUCUGUAUGUGUGUGUGUGUGUGUGUGUGUGUGUCUGUAUGCGUUUGUCUCUGUCUGUUUGUCUCUGUGUUUGUGUCUCUACAUAUGUAUCGGUUUCUCUGCAUAUCUGUAUGUCUGCAUAUCUGUAUGUCAGUGUGUGCCCUGUGUAUCUGUACGUGUGUCACUGUUUGUAUUUGUAUGAGUGUCAUCCUGUGUAUUUGAAUGUUUGUUCUUAAGUGUUUGUGUUUCUGUCUGUAUGUGUGUCUGUGUAUCCGCUUGUGUGUGUCUGUGUAUUUGUAUUUGUGUCAGUGUUUUUAUUUAUAGGAGUGUGAUUCUGUGUAUCUCAAAGUGUGUAAUUCUGUGUGUCUGUGUAUCUGCAUGUGUGGGGCUGGGGAGUGAGACGUAUGGGGGAGCCUAAAGGCAAUUUUCACACCGGGGCGCCGUGGUUUCUAGUUAUGCCUCUGCACCAGUGUAUAUAUAUUGUGUGGCAACUACAGUGCCACCCACAAAAGAUGCUGUAGAAUGGGUUCCGUUGGCUGCUAGAGUUGCGGCAUUGCGGGGGUGCAGUGGAUAAGCUGAGUAGGCAGUUAAAAUUUGCCGGGCAGCCAAGUUGGUAUUUUUGCCGUGCCCGUAGAAAAUGCCACCCAAGGCAUGUAUACAAUAUAAAAUAUCACCCGUAUUUCUUAAAAGUGCAACGCACACUCAGUGUAAGGGUAACAACCUUUAAAAAUAAUUUACCCCAAAAUCUUUAAUACUGUAAAGAAAACUAUAAUAAGUAGAAAACAGAAAAAAAUGUACAGUAAAAACAGAUCUCAUAGGGUAAUAAAGUCAAUACACCAUAAAAUCAGAUUCCUUAAAAUGCACUCACAAACACAUGUUUGUGAUACAGCACUGACAGGGAAUCGCUGUUCUUUUACUUUAUAUAACUUACUUCAUAGAGCUUUCUCAGGGUGGUUGGACUCAGGCAGAGAGCUCUUUGAAGCCCCAGCACCACUAUCAGGAAACUAGUCUGAACUAGUUUCCAGUGGUUCUCUUCCUGGAUCCUUCCGUCUACCACCACCACUUAGGAUGUAUCAUUGUGACAACAUGAGUUGAUGUCCCAUUACAAGGAGCCAGAAUUUAUCCUUCUAUCUUGCCAUAUUGCCUAUAUGUAUAUCCAUCAGUAAACAUGUCAUUUUGUAAAUAGAUGAUAAUUUUAACACAAAAAAAACUCUGUGUAGGAGUGGAAGCUAGUAAAAGAAUUCCAUUUGGGCUGUCCACAAUGUCUAAAAUCAGUUUUAGACUAGUUGUUUUGCUGUAACAGCAACCUCUAUAUACAGUUUUUAUUUAGUUUAAUGAAUCCCACGUCCAUAGUUCUUCAAACAUGACGUAUAAAUGAAACUGGUAUUUCCAGAAUGUGUGUACAAUGUGCUGUGAUGUGGUCAUAUAAUGGUCUGUGUGGUCAUUUUUGUCUCUGUAGGAAAAUAAAGCAAACCCAGAAAUACAGGGAGCAGCUCCUAACCCAGGUGGAUUUCCAGCAGCGCCAGCGAGAUGCUGGGAGAGAGGAAGAACAGAGAGAAUAUGAAGCUGGCCUAGUGGCUGAAAAUGCCUACCAACAGAAACUUCGAGAAAUUCUCUCCCGACCAUACAUGGACCAGGGCCAUGUUCAUCCCCUGAGAAAGGCACGCAUCUCCAGCCCAAAGGAUUGGAUUAAUCAAUAAAGUGAAUUCGUAUUUAGCCAUAUUACCAUGCUUUUUCCUUACGGGUAAACCGUACAUAUUCUGAUAGUUGAACAAUAGCUAUUUCUCUGCCUUCUUGCUAACACAUCAACAAAUCCUAUGCUGGGGGUGAUGGCAGCAGGGAAUGUAAGGACAUCAAUUUUAUCUCAUUGUAUUGUUAAAUAUCUGGUGCAUUUUUAUGAUUUGUAGAGGUAAGAAACUUGUCCAUUUAAAUCAGUGAGAUACAUACACUUAUAUACCAGCCAACCAAUAUGAUCAAUUGAAGAGAGGACUCACUGGUCUUUCCAAUGCAACAGUAAUUUAUUCAGACAAACUUUACAGAAC